AUGAGUUUGCUCAUUCAUGUCCAGCUCUUUGGGACUCCAUGCACUGUAGCCUGCCAGGCUUCUCUGUCCAUGGAAUUUUCCAGGCAAGAAGACUGGAAUGGAUUGCUGUUUCCUACUCCACAGGAUUGUCCUGACCCAGAGAUGGAACCUGAGUUCUUGCAUCUCCUGCGUUGGCAGAUAUACCCAUCUUCUUGGGACUUCCCCCAUGGCACUAGUGGUAAAGAACCCGCCUACCAAUGCAGAAGACAUGACAGACUCAGGUUUGAUCCUGAGUGGGGAAGAUCCCCUGGAGGAGGGCAUGGCAAUCUACUCCAGUAUUCUUGCCUGGAGAAGCAGAGCCUGGUGGGCUACAGUCCAUGGGAUUGCAAAGAGUCGGACAUGACUGAAGCAACUUAG